GCCCCCGGUGCUUGAUUGGCUGUCGCUCCUGUCAGUCUGCCAGGAAACAGCCAACGGCCUCGCGCGACCGGUGCUACAAACCGACAGCCGCCAUGUUGGGUCUGCUGGGUCAGGUUGUGAGCGGCAGAUGACAGAACCUCCGCUUCGGCCGCUCGUCGGACCGGGACCGCAGCUGGGAGCCAUGAGCGGCCCGUCCUCAGCCGGAGCCGGAGGACUCGGAGCCGCGAAAGCAGGCGGGGGGAAGCACGGAGCCGCUUCAGCCGCCGCCGCUGCUGCCGCCGCCGCGGCCGUGGCAGCCGCCGCCGGUGUGGGCUCUGUGGCCGGCUCGGGCUCGGCUGCAUCUUCCGCCGUCUUGUCUCUGCCCGCAGCCGGCCUCCCGGGACAGCCCACGGAGCUCACGGCGCUGUUCGAGUGCCCGGUCUGCUUCGACUACGUGCUGCCGCCCAUCCUGCAGUGCCAGUCGGGUCACCUGGUCUGCAACCCGUGCCGGCAGAAGCUGAGCUGCUGUCCGACCUGCCGCGGCCCGCUCAGCCCGAGCAUCCGGAACCUGGCCAUGGAGAAGGUGGCGUCCACGCUGCCGUUCCCCUGCAAGUACUCGUCCGCCGGAUGCCUGCUGUCUCUGCACCACAGCGAGAAGCCCGACCACGAGGAGGUGUGCGAGUUCCGGCCGUACACGUGUCCGUGUCCGGGCGCCACCUGCAAGUGGCACGGCUCGCUGGAGGCCGUCAUGCCUCACCUGAUGCACGCCCACAAGUCCAUCACCACGCUGCAGGGAGAAGACAUCGUCUUCCUGGCGACGGACAUCAACCUGCCGGGCGCCGUGGACUGGGUCAUGAUGCAGUCGUGCUUCAGCCAUCACUUCAUGCUGGUCCUGGAGAAGCAGGAGAAGUAUGAAGGCCACCAGCAGUUCUUCGCCGUCGUCCUCCUAAUCGGCACGCGCAAGCAGGCCGAGAACUUCGCCUACCGCCUGGAGCUCAACGGCAACCGGCGCCGGCUCACCUGGGAGGCCACGCCGCGCUCCAUCCACGACGGCGUUGCCGCCGCCAUCAUGAACAGCGACUGCCUGGUGUUCGACACCUCCAUCGCUCACCUCUUUGCGGACAGCGGCAACUUGGGCAUCAACGUCACCAUCUCCAUGUGCUGACACGGACGCUGCCCUCUGCCAGUCGAAACGGCGUGCACAGAGAGGGGAAGCACCUGCUCCACCCACGGAGCCGCACAAAGCUCCCCUUUAGGGUCCAGAACGGCACAGAAGGACCGCCUCAGCCCAGCGCCCUGCAGCCUGUAACCAUAGCAACCCAAAAUGAUUAUGCAAGUGAUGCCAGUGCAUCACAGCAGCUCAGGUUCUGGAGGUAAACUCCGCCUCCUCUGAUCUGACAGAUUUCUACGGCUGCAGCACCUGAACUGAAUGUUUCAGCUGAAGCAGAUCUGCUUCUCCUCAGACCCGCUCCAGCCUGAAGAAUCCGUUGGGAGGUUUCUUCCACGCAGGGACAGGUUUUAUGAUUUUUUUUUUUUUUUUUUUUUUUUCCUCGUACUGUUGGAAUAAGUCCAAACUAAAGUCUGUGUGAUCAGACACAAAGUGUGUGUUUCUGCUAACUCGUGAUUCCUUUUUUAUUCUCUUUGCAAAAAACGGUUCUUCUUGUACCUCAAGAUUUAAACGGAGAAGAAGGCGGAGCCUGUGUUGAUGAAAUAUUCAUUCCUUUCAUGUCUGUCUCAAAAACACAAACGUUUCUGUGGAUUUAAUGAACCGAUGUUUGGUAAGUGCAGAUGGAUUGAGCAUCAGCAGGUGGCACUGUUGAUGAGGAACCUGGAGUGAGUCCAGUUUCCUUCAGGCUGAAGGAAACUUCAGCCACAUUUGACUGGAAGCAGCUGGAUGAUCUUUUAAUAAACAUUUCUCACUGUU